AUGCACCCAAUUCAACUUGCCCUCCCAUUUACUUCUCACUCUCACGAUAUCCCUACCUCGCUUUCAACCAACUCUUCGCCUACAAGAACUGAGGCACUAAAUAACCUCUUUCUGGUCGACCAGUCAGAAGACUUCCAGAGAACUGCCGAGCUUCUGGACAUUGGCCUCUCCAGCUAUAUCGAUGGUCCCUCACUUCCACCUCCAGCUUUGAUGUUCGACACGACGAUGUGUGACACAAUAGGGUUGGCAACGAUUGCGCAGCAGCAGCAGCAACAACAGAUCGGAGAUUUGGAACCCGACCCACAUGGAUCGGGUGGAGCAGGAAGCCAACAGCCAUCUACGCCUGGUUGGGGAUUAGUCGAGACUGCCGGCUUCCUCUUGGACGAUGUGCAUUCUUCUUCUGCCUCUUCUUCGAGGGUGUCGUUUUCGAGUGACGAUCCGUGGAUUGAGCAGUUCCUUCAACAGCAGCUUCCACCACUACCACCACCAAUCAUAUCAGCAGAGAUUCGACAACAGCAGCCACGGCAGGAACAUCAUCACCAGAAGCACCAGGUUUCUCAGGAGCAAUGGUUUCUUCUUCAGCAGCAACAGCAACAGUUCAACCAGACGACUGUCUCGACCCCAGACUACGUUCAGUCACAGCAUUCGACGUGGCCGUGGUUUCCAUUCGAUCAUCAGCAACAAAUCUCGUCGCCUCAACACAGUCUGCAUCUCGAAUACCCUUUUGCCAACCCACACCAUACACCACACACCAUACCCACUGACUACCUGCAGCACCAGAUACCUUCGCCUUCAUCCUCCUCGCCUUCUUUCCAGCACCAUCAGUACGUAACACCCCCAUACGAAACAUUUGAACACCAAUGCAAUCAAAAACAUCAGCAACAGCAACCACACCCUCCUCAACAGCAACACCACCACCUACGACGGAACAGUAACAACCAUCGCCACCCUCAACAUCAUCACCACUACCAACAUCUUUUUCACCACCACGAGAUUCCGGUGAUCCAAUCCCUCAAGAGACGCCGCCGGUUGACGACCGAAGAGUCUGAGUACUUGAUGGUCCAGUUCAACCUCAAUGGGCGCCCCACCGCGCAAGAACGCGAUUGCUUUGCAAGGCACUUGAAACUGAAUCGACGGACGAUUCAGGUCUGGUUCCAGAACCGGAGGGCCAAGUUGAAGCGGGAUGAGCGCGGUGUAUGUGGGCAAAAUGGUAGUGCGGGAGGAAGUGGAGGCGGACGGGGUGACGACGAUGAUGAUGAGGGAGAAGAAGAUGGGGAUUUUGAUGAUGGGACGGGUGGUGUGCAGGAAGCAAGCAAGGACACGAAUGUUGGUCGGGAACUGGGAUACCAGCAACAGACGAUUCAUCAGCAGAACACUGGAGGGGAUGGUCUCUUUCAAUUACUCCCUCAACAACAACAACAACUGUACCCUCUGUUACCACCCCCUUCUCUCGAUAUUCUUGAUCUCGAUGGCGAGGGCAAUGGAGAGGGCGACGAUCUAGGUCUUGAUUUUUUUCACAUAUGGAACACCAACAAUGAAGCCAACUACAUUACCGGGAGCAGCAACAAUGGCAGUAACAGUAACACAAUCAGCAGAGGAGAAAUGAUGACCGGGAUGGGGAUGGGACUGGCGCAGGCAGCACGGCUUGAGAUGGAGCUGUUUUCGGGACAGCACAGCCAGUACUACCAGUUACAACAGCAGCAACAGCAGCUGCGGAUGGCACAGGUGGCGGCGGAGGAUCAUGAUCCGCCGCAUCCUUUGCAGAGGUGGGUUGACGGUGCCUCCUUCCGAGAUUGUCUUCCGUAG